CAGGUAUGAUCAUGUGACUCAGAGAUCAGAGCAAAUAUAUACGGAGGUAGUCUGACAUAUGACAGACAAACGGAGACCAGAGUUGAAGUUUCCUUCUGCUGCAUCUGCCUGUCGGAGCCAAUCACUCCUCCCUGUGGACACACCAGCCCUCAUCUGUUCUGUAUAAGCUAUGGCGGACCGAAACCAAGACGGAGGCGAGCCAGGUCAGCCGGAGACGGAGCCGGAUCUAAUGAAGGAGCUGGAGACCUCUGCAAGCGAAGCAGCGAGAGCCUUCGUGUCCUUCAAGACGCUGAUCCAUUACUUGCUGGGAAUGGUAACGGAAUCAGAGACCCAUGUCAUCACACUGAAGAGCACUGACCUUGGUGAACUUGCUGGGCUCACGAUGGAAAGUGAAGCACAGAUUUUCCGUGCCACCAUCUAUUGUGAUGAAGUCAAAGCAGUUGUGUUAGCAAGCAGUGAAAAAAUGAGGAUGUUUGCUGCAAACAUGUGGCUCAGCAUCACAGGGCUAAAGCCUCAGGUAGGGAGGAAAAGGCUCGAGUUCAACAAGCUCUUUACCGACAUCACUUUUGAUCCAAACACUGCACACAGAUAUGUCAGAUGCACUGAGAAGAAAGUGGAAGACGUAAACCAAGAUCAGAACCCUGAGGCAAGUUCAGAAAGAUUCACAAAAUGGCAUCAGGUCCUGAGCAGAGAGACUGUGGAAGAUUGUUACUUUGAGGUGAAGUGGGCAGGAAAAGUUGACAUAGCACUGUCAUACAAGAACAUCGAAAGAACUGGAGGUCAAAGUGCAUUUGGGAUCAAUGACAAAUCUUGGUCUUUAUGUCUGUCCAAAUCUUAUCCUGUAUUCAGACACCACACAGAGCAAGUCUGGGGUCUCUUUCCUCCAAGUGCCACGGUGGCAGUGCACUUGGAUAAAGCUGAAGGGACUCUGACAUUCUACAACGUCGAGAAGGAAACCCUGACCGCGAUUUUGCAAUUCCCGAUCCCCUUCACUGAGCCUCUGUAUGUUGGAGUCAGGCUUUGGUCCAACUUCAAGUCCACAUGUGAGUUGGUAAAGCUCCCCAAGAAAGAGGAGUGAGACUGAUGCUCAUCCUCCUCCAGCCAGUUGGUGACUUCUUUGUUCGAUGGGAUGGUGUGUUUCUGUUUCUGCUAACACUUGUAUGUUUUAGUUUUCUGGGAAUAACGUGCAGUUUACAUUGUGUCAUUCAAGUUGGUGUUGGUCGCUUGCGCUCAUGUGACGCUGUUGAGGGUGUAGUGCUCAGCUGUCGCCCAUGUUGUGCCGUGUUAUUGUGUGUUUAGAUACUGGACUCUUUAGUUUGCAGAGAGCUUCCAGCAGAUGAAUGUCAGGAGGAGAAUCACAAUCUGAACUUGGUCCUUGGUGAUCAUGAAAGACCACAAAUGGACACAUGAUUAAACUAUACAUUCCAAUAAACAAAUGUUUUCA